UUCCUGAUUCAGGGACCGUGCAUUAAACAGCUCUCUACACACAGUCCAGGUUCACAGUUGCAUUCUUUAGUAUCCAGAGACAUAGCUACUAAGUCUUGCAUAGAGCUAGAGGCAGAAGGCACUAUGAAGACAGCCCUUCAUAGAGCUGAAUGGAACUGCUACAGGGCCCUGGUCCUAGCUUCCCUUCUGCUCUUCUCCAUUCAGUGGGUCUGUGUGGGUGCUGAGUUCAUUGUGAAUCUGAAUGUAGUCGGUUUUGACAAUCCUAGCAACACU